GAUGAAAUCUAUAUAUUAAGACAUGUUAAAUAGGGCUUAUAACACUCUAUUCCAUCCAUCCGUGUAAUGGUUUAGAAUUCUAACUCCAGUGAGCUAACAUCUUACAAUUUUAGGGUUACAAUAUUUUCAGAUACCCUGCACCAGCAUCAGAGUAAAUUAAUCAUGUCGAACAUGAUUUCAAAACUCCUUAUCGUGACUCAAAAUAUUAUGUCAGACAUGAUGAACCUGUUAUUGAAAGAGUAGCAAAAGUAACAUUCACUGAUCCUUUGAAUGAAACUCCAACAGAAAAGUAAUUGAUAUAUAUCAAUAAUCUAAUAGAUUAGUCAGAUUAAAAUUACUUACUAAAGAUUAAGUUAAUAAUUAAGAAGCUAUAUAAGCAGCAACCUAAUAAUAUGAAUAAAAAUAUGGAUUACCUUUAUCUUAAAAGGGUAAGAUAUAAUUAUAAUUAUAUAGUUUAUUCUAAUUAAGUUGGGGGUGGAGAUGCUCUUUAAGACUUUUUCUAAGGUGAAAAUAUUAGAGAGGUCAUGGCUAGCUUUGUGAGAUAAUAAUGGGAGGAAGUGAAUGAAAAUGCACUUGAAGAUUUGAAUAAUACUAAUUUAGAUGAUGAUUAUCAUCCAAAUUUAAAUGAGAAGGUUGGAUUUAAUUUAUAAGAAAAUGAUCCACUUUUUAGAUAACUAAUUGUUGAUUUACAUACAGUAGUUAAAAAUAUUGGGGUAUAUUUAUGACUUUUCUUAUAGGAAAAAACAAAAUAAGAGGGUCAUCUAACAUUUUUCAGAGGAGAUCCCAAUUAUUGGCAUGUACUUGAUAAUAGUUUCCCAGUUGAAUCUAUAAGAUUAAUAUAAAAUACUUUGGGUGAUGAAAUCUCAUAAUUAGGUAUAAAAAUGAGAUUUAAUUUAUAGAUCCAAAAGCAUUAUAAAAAUAAUAGAAUAGAGAAGAUUAUCACAUUGAACAUAAGGUUUAAGUACCCAUAGAAAAUAAAUAUUAUUCAUGAAA